CGAGACAUUUAUUUUAUUUUAAUGCAUUAAGCACUUGUGACAAUUUUAUUUCAAGAAUUCUAAUCCAAAACCUAAGCAGGUAAUUCUAAUCCUAUUGAAGAAUUUUGAGAAACGCAUCAGCGUACGAUGGCAAAUUCUCGAAGCGCAUCAGCGGCGAUUCGCCUGAGCAGAUCGGCGGCGUCAGCCUUCCGAGGCUCAAGCGCAGGCCGCCAGAUUCCCCACACUCCAUCCGCCGCCGGCCAAUCGGCUAUCGGGCGCCCCCGUGCCCUAAUGUUCCCCACUGGCGGCAACAUCUCUUCCUCUGCUUCAUGCCUCAACCGCGUAGCAUCCCGCCCCUACUCCUCUUCUGCCCAGAUCCCAGGAACUAGAGCUAUUCGGUCUGUACUCUGGCAUAUAAAUGACGGAAUGGAAGAGGUUCUGGCUGAUUAUGUUCACCAUGAAAUGACUCGAACAUGGAUCUCAAUCUGUUUGAGACUGUUUGUUAUAAUCAUGACCAAGGAUGUUGUCGUGGCUGUUGCUGAUCUCUAAAGGCUGGGUUGUCUACGUGCAAAAGUGCCCAUUUGGAACUCGUCUCAGGCACAAUAUUCCUGCCUUUAGCAAGAAGGGAUAUGAAUAAAGUGUUCUUCAGAUGACUCAGCUCUGUCUGGAAAUGUAUGAAUUCUGGAAUAGAUUGUUAUAAGGUGCAUAUUACCUACUGCUAGGAAAUAAAAUUGAUCUUGCAGAGCAAGUAUGAAGUUAUGGUGUGAUUUCUGUUUUUA